ACCUGAAAGAGACCGAGAUAGAAAUCUUGACAAGAGAGAAAAGGACUUUGUCUUGGAAGAACAAGGAUUUGCAGAGUCAGAUGGAAGCGGUUGUUCUUGUUGAGAAAGCAAAGCUGAAACGCGAGAGAGACGAACAUAAUGUCGAGAUAACGGAGUUGGAAGAGAAGAUGGACUUGGUUGAUGAUGAGAAAGCGAAGUUGAAACUCGAGAGAAACGAGCUUGAUGUGGCGAUAAAGAAGCUGAAGGAAAAGAACAAGGAUUUGCAGAUACAGAUGGAAACGGUUGUUAUUGUUGAGAAAGUGAAGCUGGAGCACGAGAGAGACGAACAUAAUGUCGGGAUGACGAAGUUGAAAGAGAAGAUGGACGUGAUUGAUGAUGAGAAAGCGAAUUUGAAUCUCGAGAGAAACGAGCUUGAUGUGGCGAUAAAGAAGCUGAAGGAAAAGAACGAGGAUUUGCAGAUACAGAUGGAAACGGUUGUUCUUGCUGAAAAAGUGAAGCUGGAGCACGAGAGAGACGAACAUAAUGUCGAGAUGACGAAGUUAAAAGAGAAGAUGAACGUGGUUGUUGUUGAGAAAGCAAAGUUGAAACUCGAGAGAGACGAGCUUGAUGUGGCGAUAAAGAAGCUGAAGGAAAAGAACAAGGAUUUGCAGAGAGAGAAGGAAGAGGCUGAUGUUGAGAUCAUAAAGCUGAAAUUCGAGAUAGAAGCGGAUAAUGUCGAGAUAAGGACCUUGAAGCGCGAGAGAGACGGGUUUGAAGUGGAGAUAACGAAGUUGAAGAAAAAGAUAGAAGCGGACAAAGUCGAGAUAAGGAACUUGAAGCGCGAGAGAGGCGAACAUAAUGUCGAGAUAACGAAGUCGAGAGAGAAGAAGGAAGAGGCUGAUGUUGAGAACACGAAGCUGAAACACGAGAUGGAAGUGGCUGUUGUUGAGAACUCGAAGCUGAAAUAUGAGAGAGACGAGCUUGAAGUGGCGAUAAGGAAGCUGGAAGAAAGGAGAGGUGAACAUAUUAUCGAGAUUACGAAGUCAAGAGAGAAGAACAAGGAUUUUCAGAGACAGAAGGAAGAGGCUGAUGAUGAGAUCAAAAAGCUGAAACUCGAGAGAGACGAGCUUGAUGUGGCGUUAAAGAAGCUGAAGGAAAAGCAUGCAGAAAAAAUUAACAAGAAGGACAAAGAGUAUAUGGACGAGAUCAAAGACAACCGCGAUAAUAUUGCAAAUCUCGAACAGCUAUUGGAAUUGAGACCGCCAAUGGUACGGGAUGCAUGGGCUGCGAGGUCAUUUAAAAGAAAUAAAGGUGGCCCGAAGACCGAGCCCUGUGUGACACCAGCUGUCAUAUAUGGAAGAAAUAGUGUGGCCUCAGGACCGAGCCCUCUGGGACACCAGCUGAAACAGAAUGCAUGCCAAGUGCAUAUCAUAUCGGACGUCCGGGACUUAGAACCAUUCAAUGUGGAGAAUGUAUUUAAAUAAAGCGGGAAGCCAAUGCCUGUUCGGAUAUAUAUCCAGUCUUAUAAAUGGAUAGGAAUGAAGAACAACGGAACAUUGAUUUCAUGUAGAUAAUGUGUUAAAAACUGACAACUCUGCGCGCUCGUCUUGUUAACUUUCAAACAUGAUCAAGAAUUAUAAGGCCUAACAUAGAACAUAUAAACGUUUUGUGUGCAGUGUGAUAUGUAGUUUUAAUAUAGGUCAUUAUUCCUGAAUCAAAUCAAAAUACUUUUAAUAGUACUUUUUUUUCUCUUUUCGAUUUUUUUUCGCUUAGACUUUUUCAAAAACCAUUGUUUUGUCACGAACAUACAUUAUUCCAGACAUUGACAGAAAAUGGUUAAUCGCAUGCAAAAUGA